AUGGGAUGGGAAUAUAAAGCUCAUAGUAAAGAUCUAUAUUUUGAUGGUCAUGAGCGACCAGAUGUAGUGAAAAGAGAUGCAUCCAUAAAUUUGUCUGAAAUAAAAGCUGCACCAAUAAAUGAUAUCUCUAAACGUUAA